UACAUAGAUAAGUGUUUCUAUACAUGACCGAUCGUGCAUGUGAGAAAGUCGGCAAGCGUGUGUAUGGUGGCAUUAAGUCAGAUGAUUUUAACCGGGUUAAAAUUUCCCUCUUAAUGAUCUAGCCAUUCAAGCAGACAGAUAGAAAACCUUAAUAAAAACGACAUGAUUUUCACACACAUUUAACAUCAAUUUAGUCCGAAUUCCCAUCUUGCCAUCCCUCAUCACCAUCACUUCAUCUCAUCACAAAAAUAUGGCUUCCUCAUCAGCUUCUAUCAUCAAAGAAGAAUUUGAACCACAAAUGCAAUUCCCUUUGCAUAUACCCGAUAGUCCUGCACCAAGUGGCUAUCUAGCCAAUCCAUAUCAAUCCAUAGCAGAUAUAGCACAUGAUAUGAUGGAUGCCUCUUUAGCAUCAAUUCAAGAAUCUCAUUGGCAAAAUGCAAUUCUUUCGGAUGGCGUUGCAAUCCUACCCUCAACAAGAAAUAUGGAUCACAAGGAAAAUAUCCCCUCCGUAAAAGGCAAAUCAUUUAUACCCAACUGCAGACCGAUCGAAGUGUUGGCAUGCAUACAUUUGUUCAGUUAUCGACUCAUUUGGGACGUUCGUAUGAGUUCAGGAAGGAUAUUACAGCGAUAUGAUUAUCACAACUUUUUGUUCUAUUGCGUCUGGAGAGGAAUUGGACCAAUUUACAGUCCAAGAGAUGCGGUAGGCAUUCAGGAUAUACGUUGCUGGGGACCACAAGGAGAACGACAAUCUCUCGCUUUACCAAACUCACAAAAGAUUCAAAUCGUUUGGAAAAGUUGCAUCGCACCUGAAGUGCCUAUCCAAGAAGGAAAAGUACGAAUGGAUAUCGAACUUGGCGCUUAUCGUAUCGAAUGGAGACCGGAAUUGAACGGAUGCGAUGUCACGUUUGUGGGAGAGGCAAAUUUGAUGACUUACAUUCCUACUUACAUCUACAAAGUUUUCAGUAUGGAACUGCCAAAAGUCAUUGGAAGGUUGAGCGGUGCAAUGCAGAGGUUUGGCGUGCCUCCUUAUGUGCUUGAUCUGCAAGAUUGUGUGGUGAUUCAAACCACAUUCUGGCAUGGUGAAACAAGAUCUUCCAAACACAGGCAUCAUGUCAGAAAACCAGGUUCAUACAGUAUCAUGAUCGACAGACAGCGUAUGUUCCCAUUCGGCAUCUUGCAACCGGUAGUGAACGGCUUGGGCGCUCAUGCUGUUUCUUUGCAUGAGGCAGACGAUCGAAUAAUAGUCGAUGUCUCAGCUCUUGGAGUGGGGCAGGAGUAUAUCAUCGAGGUGGAACCUCGAGAAAAGGAGGGAGAUAUGAAUACCAAUGCGGGAUGGUGGUAAUUCGCUAUUUACACACACACACACACACUACACUUCACAAAUGCUAUAAUCAUUUCUCAUCUUUACAACUUUGCCUUUCCGAUUUUGAGCGAAUUCAUGUGUUCGAUGGUGGCUUUUCGCACUGCAGCUCGAACGAUUUUACCGUUGGGAUUACGUUCCAGUUCCUCUUUACGA